AUGACUAAGGGAGGCGGUGGAGGAGGCGGAGGUGGAGGAAAGGGAGGCGGAGGCGGUCACGGCGGAGGCGGAGGAAAGAGUGGCGGAGGCGGAAGCCAUGGUGGGGGAAGCCACGGCGGGGGAAGUCACGGUGGCGGUAGCCAUGGCGGGGGAAGCCAUGGCGGAGGCAUCUCUCACGCAACUGCUGCUCACAUCCAGAGCACCGCCGCCCGCAUGGGAGGUGGUGGAGUCGCCAAGGGGUCUGGUGCUGCAGCAGCGCAGAGGGCAGCUGCUGCCCCGUCCAAGGUGACAGGGUGCGAUGCUGCUGCUCUCCAGGGCUUCACGGCAAAGACCAGUGGCGGAGUGGCGAAGGGCUCCCCUGCUGCGCAGAUGGCUAAAGGCGGCGGAGGCGGAGGGAAGGGCGGCGGCGGUAAAGGCGGAGGGGGCGGCGGUGGAAAGACCGGAGGCGGAGGCAAGGGCGCCAGCAGCGGCGCUAAAACGGGCGGUGGCGGCGGGGGUAAGGGCGCCCCGAUUUCCGGCAAGACGGCGUCUCAGAUCCAGAGCUCUUCCGCGAAGAUGGGUGGCGGAACGGUGGCUAAGGGUUCCGCCGCAGCUGCGGCGCAGAGAGCGGCGGCUGCGCCGUCUAAGGUGACGGGGGGAGACGCCGCGGCUCUGCAGAGCUUUACUGCGAAGACGAGCGGAGGCGUGGAGAAGGGUUCGCCUGCGUCGCAGGUUCAGAGCACGGCCGCGAGUAACGCGGGGCAGGGGGAAUAG